AUGAAUACCACCACGAUUGUACUCUACGUCGCCACGGGGCUUCUAAUGGUCGACUCCAUCACCGAGUUGUCGUUGAUCAGCAGCAUGGUGGCAUGGCUUCAUUCCCGCGCUGGUAGAGCCUUCGAAGUGCAUGACGGCGCUGGCGGACAGUUCUCCCUACACGGCAAACCCGAAAACUUGAUCGUCUACCAAGGCCAUGCGAGCAACGGUGCGGGCGGCACUGCAUUCAUCGUUGUCGGGCUAGGUGGCAUCCUAUCGCUGUGGCUCCGAAGCCGGCAAUUGAAGCGCGAAGGCUCGAUUCGCGGCAUCGUUCGUGGUCUGUACAACUUUUGGCUCACCAUGACCGUGCUGUCGGCCAUCUAUUCCCUGGCCAGCUUCGUCUUCGUCCUGGUCGUGACGUACAGUCAUCAUGGCCAAAGCAUCGACAUCAACGUGGCCGCCGAGCUCAACAAUCAUCCAUAUCCAGACUACGUCGCCUACCCGCUGCUGGAAUGGACGCCGCAAGGCUGGUUCUCGGCGGUACUGCAGCUGCCUUUGGUCUCCGAGAGCGCGAGGAGCGACAUCGAGACUCAGCUAUGCGCCAUGCGCGCCUGGGAGGGGAACUUGAUACCUAUGACGAUCUUGGGAUUCGUGGUGAUGGUCCUUGCGUUUACGGAUCGGCGAGUGCAGAGAGAUGUUGCUCGUUACGAUCUCGUCCGACGUGAGAAGGAGGGUGCUGCGUGGAUGCUAUAG